ACAGAGAAUGUGCUCACGUGAGAUUCGAUUUUUUGGAAGCUCGAGCAAGUAUGCCAUGAACAUAUUGAUUCGAAUGUUGAUGCAUAAUUCGCAUUUUAAGAAGUCAGCCUACUUUACUUUUUGUUUCACUGCAUCAAAAGACACUACAAAAACGUAGCAGGCUAAAACCGGCUUGUCUUGAAGAGCAUUGACUGUACGGCUACGCCCUGAAGACUGCAGAAGCACACAGCACAGACUGGUCCUUCUUCUAAUGAGUCAGGACGUAGGCACGAGGAAGUUGACUAGCGUUCAUACUAAAUACGGCAAUAAUAUCUGGCAAUAUCUCACAAUCAAGAGAUGGCAUCAGGUCCCCCACAAACAGAGCUGAGGCUGGUUCUGCUCGGCGGGACAAGAGCAGGACAGAGUGCAGCUGGAAACGCCAUACUGGGCCGCCAGGCUUUCAUUACCCAGACUGCCAGUGAGCCAGCUGUCACUCAAGAAUGUGAGAAGACUGCAGGGAGAUGGGUAUCAGUAGUAGUCGCCCAAGACUGGUUCUGCUCAGAGCGCCCCCCGGAGGAGGUGAGGCACCAUGUCUCCUCUUGCGUGGCCCUGUCGGCCCCGGGGCCUCAUGCCUUCCUGCUGUGUGUCCCUGUGGACCGGCCGGCUGACAUGGAGCUGCGGGCCCUGGAGGCCCUGGAGAAAGUUUUUGGCCCCACUGCAGUCAGUGGACACACUCUGGUCCUCUUUACCCACACAGACCAGAUGGUUCUGGGACAACAGCUGGACGAGUACAUCGCCACCAGACGCAAAGACCUACUGGAGCUGGUGGUGACGUGUGGAGACCGCUAUCACUCUCUGGAGAGGAGGAGUAGAGGAGAGAAGGAUGAGAGGAAGAGUGUGGAAGAGCUGCUGGAGAAGGUUGAACAGACUGUAAAAGAGAGCGGGGUGGAGUUCUACAGCUGCCCCCUCUACCAGGAGGCUGAGGCCAGGGUGAGAGAGAAGCAGGCAGAGAUAGUGUGGCAGAGAAGAGGGGAAGAGGAGCUAAAUGAAGAGGUGCCCUCCUCAGCCUCACCUCCAGAGGAAGAGCUAGACGAUGAAGAGAUGGCAAGAGUUAGGGAGGAGGCAGAGAGGAGUGUGCACAACCUGAACAUAGACACCGAGGGUAUUGCCUCUCUUUCUCCUGCCUCCUCUCCCUCAUUUCUCUUGUCCUUGUGGCAGGGAUUGACAGGGUGGCUGAGGAGGCUGCCCAAGAUGCUGAGGAUGGAGUCUCUGCUGGGGGCUUUCGUUGGCCUGUUCGUAGGUGGGCCCGUUGGGCGGAUGCUGGGGGCCACUGUGGGCUCAGUAGCCACUGAAGUGGGGAGAAGGAAGACUCUGAAGACAGAAAAAAACAAAUAAUGGCAAUGGGAUACAUAUCUCCAGUUAUUAACAUUUCACAAUGUUUCAACUCCAUAUUCAUCAUCUCCAGCACCAACCCAAUAUCAACAUAUGUGUAAGUUGCGUAUUUCUGUUUUGUAGUAAAAAAAUAUUGAGAAAGAUGUUUCCAAUGACAUCAUCAACCAUUUUGUAUUUAAUGCCUACUCACAAGUAGUCAGAAUCAUCUUCCUCUUUAUUUUUUACUUCAAAACAACACACCAUUUUCACAAAUGUUGAUGUUGAGGUGGUGCUGGAAAUGGUAAAUAUGAAGUAGAACAAUUUUAGUUUCCAUUUGUUAUUUCACUGCACUUAUAUUUUAUUGAGCUUUGUGCAAUUGACUUGUAUUUGACCAACGUACAGUCCUCACAAUACUUGUUAUAAUAUUUGUUGUUUGGCUGGUCAUAUUUUCACCAAUUAUUAUAGAAGGUUUACUAAAAACUACAAGUAAUGGGGAAAUUACAUACACAAUCCACUUGGUGGAGACAUUGACCAAAACAUUGAAGUUGAACAUUAAAUAUUUGAGCUCAACUGGAAACACAUACCUUACUGCUAACUGAAGGAAAUAUAAUACCAUUUCUAAGGCAGUUUGUUCUGUCCUGUAUAUGUCACACAGUUGAUACUUUUAAAGCAUACAAUUACACAUUUCCCUCA